AGCCUAGGCAAUAGCUGUAGGGUGACUUCUGGAGCCAUCCCCGUUUCCCCGCCCCCCAAAAGAAGUGGAGAUUUAACGGGGACGUGCGGCCAGAGCUGGGGAAAUGGGCCCGCGAGCCAGGCCGGCGCUUCUCCUCCUGAUGCUUUUGCAGACCGCGGUCCUGCAGGGGCGCUUGCUGCAGUCCCACACCCUGCAGGUCAUCCUGGGCUGUGAAAUGCAAGAAGACAACAGUACCGAGGGCUACUGGAAGUACGGGUAUGAUGGGCAGGACCACCUUGAAUUCUGCCCUGACACACUGGAUUGGAGAGCAGCAGAACCCAGGGCCUGGCCCACCAAGCUGGAGUGGGAAAGGCACAAGAUUCGGGCCAGGCAGAACAGGGCCUACCUGGAGAGGGACUGCCCUGCACAGCUGCAGCAGUUGCUGGAGCUGGGGAGAGGUGUUUUGGACCAACAAGUGCCUCCUUUGGUGAAGGUGACACAUCAUGUGACCUCUUCAGUGACCACUCUACGGUGUCGGGCCCUGAACUACUACCCCCAGAACAUCACCAUGAAGUGGCUGAAGGAUAAGCAGCCAAUGGAUGCCAAGGAGUUCGAACCUAAAGACGUAUUGCCCAAUGGGGAUGGGACCUACCAGGGCUGGAUAACCUUGGCUGUACCCCCUGGGGAAGAGCAGAGAUAUACGUGCCAGGUGGAGCACCCAGGCCUGGAUCAGCCCCUCAUUGUGAUCUGGGAGCCCUCACCGUCUGGCACCCUAGUCAUUGGAGUCAUCAGUGGAAUUGCUGUUUUUGUCGUCAUCUUGUUCAUUGGAAUUUUGUUCAUAAUAUUAAGGAAGAGGCAGGGUUCAAGAGGAGCCAUGGGGCACUACGUCUUAGCUGAACGUGAGUGACACGCAGCCUGCAGACUCAUUGUGGGAAGGAGACAAAACUAGAGACUCAAAAAGGGAGUGCAUUUAUGAGCUCUUCAUGUUUCAGGACAGAGUUGAACCUAAACAUAGAAAUUGCCUGAAGAACUCCUUGAUUUUAGCCUUCUCUGUUCAUUUCCUCAAAAAGAUUUCCCCAUUUAGGUUUCUGAGUUCCUGCAUGCCAGUGAUCCCUAGCUGUGACCUCUCCCCUGGAACUGUCUCUCAUGAACCUCAAGCUGCAUCUAGAGGCUUCCUUCAUUUCCUCCGUCACCUCAGAGACAUACACCUAUGUCAUUUCAUUUCCUAUUUUUGGAAGAGGACUCCUUAAAUUUGGGGGACUCACAUGAUUCAUUUUAACAUCUGAGAAAAGCUUUGAACCCUGGGACAUGGCUAGUCAUAACCUUACCAGAUUUUUACACAUGUAUCUAUGCAUUUUCUGGACCCGUUCAACUUUUCCUUUGAAUCCUCUCUCUGUGUUACCCAGUAACUCAUCUGUCACCAAGCCCUGGGGAUUCUUCCAUCUGAUUGUGAUGUGAGUUGCACAGCUAUGAAGGCUGUACACUGCACGAAUGGAAGAGGCACCUGUCCCAGAAAAAGCAUCAUGGCUAUCUGUGGGUAGUAUGAUGGGUGUUUUUAGCAGGUAGGAGGCAAAUAUCUUGAAAGGGGUUGUGAAGAGGUGUUUUUUCUAAUUGGCAUGAAGGUGUCAUACAGAUUUGCAAAGUUUAAUGGUGCCUUCAUUUGGGAUGCUACUCUAGUAUUCCAGACCUGAAGAAUCACAAUAAUUUUCUACCUGGUCUCUCCUUGUUCUGAUAAUGAAAAUUAUGAUAAGGAUGAUAAAAGCACUUACUUCGUGUCCGACUCUUCUGAGCACCUACUUACAUGCAUUACUGCAUGCAAUUCUUACAAUAAUUCUAUGAGAUAGGUACUAUUAUCCCCAUUUCUUUUUUAAAUGAAGAAAGUGAAGUAGGCCGGGCACGGUGGCUCACGCCUGUAAUCCCAGCACUUUGGGAGGCCAAAGUGGGUGGAUCACGAGGUCAGGAGAUCGAGACCAUCCUGGCUAACAUGGUGAAACCCCAUCUCUAAUAAAAAUACAAAAAAUUAGCUGGGCGUGGUGGCAGACGCCUGUAGUCCCAGCUACUCGGAAGGCUGAGGCAGGAGAAUGGCAUGAACCCAGGAGGCAGAGCUUGCAGUGAGCCGAGUUUGCGCCACUGCACUCCAGCCUAGGUGACAGAGUGAGACUCCAUCUCAAAAAAAUAAAAAUUAAAAUUAAAAAAUGAAAAAAAAAAAAGUGAAGUAUAGAGUAUCUCAUAGCUUGUCAGUGAUAGAAACAGGUUUCAAACUCAGUCAAUCUGACCGUUUGAUACAUCUCAGACACCACUACAUUCAGUAGUUUAGAUGCCUAGAGUAAAUAGAGAAGGAAGGAGAUGGCUCUUCUCUUGUCUCAUUGUGUUUCUUCUGAGUGAGCUUGAAUCACAUGAAGGGGAACAGCAGAAAACAACCAACUGAUCCUCAGCUGUCAUGUUUCCUUUAAAAGUCCCUGAAGGAAGGUCCUGGAAUGUGACUCCCUUGCUCCUCUGUUGCUCUCUUUGGCAUUCAUUUCUUUGGACCCUACGCAAGGACUGUAAUUGGUGGGGACAGCUAGUGGCCCUGCUGGGCUUCACACACAGUGUCCUCCCUAGGCCAGUGCCUCUGGAGUCAGAACUCUGGUGGUAUUUCCCUCAAUGAAGUGGAGUAAGCUCUCUCAUUUUGAGAUGGUAUAAUGGAAGCCACCAAGUGGCUUAGAGGAUGCCCAGGUCCUUCCAUGGGGCCACUGGGGUUCCGGUGCACAUUAAAAAAAAAAAUCUAACCAGGACAUUCAGGAAUUGCUAGAUUCUGGGAAAUCAGUUCACCAUGUUCAAAAGAGUCUUUUUUUUUUUUUUGAGACUCUAUUGCCCAGGCUGGAGUGCAAUGGCAUGAUCUCGGCUCACUGUAACCUCUGCCUCCCAGGUUCAAGCGAUUCUCCUGCCUCAGCCUCCCAAGUAGCUGGGAUUACAGGCAUGCACCACCAUGCCCGGCUAAUUUUUGUAUUUUUAGUAGAGACGGGGUUUCACCAUGUUGGCCAGGCUGGUCUCGAACUCUCCUGACCUUGUGAUCCGCCUGCCUCGGCCUCCCAAAGUGCUGAGAUUACAGGUGUGAGCCACCCUGCCCAGCCGUCAAAAGAGUCUUAAUAUAUAUAUCCAGAUGGCAUGUGUUUACUUUAUGUUACUACAUGCAUUUGGCUGCAUAAAUGUGGUACAAGCAUUCUGUCUUGAAGGGCAGGUGCUUCAGGAUACCAUAUACAGCUCAGAAGUUUCUUCUUUAGGCAUUAAAUUUUAGCAAAGAUAUCUCAUCUCUUCUUUUAAAUCAUUUUCUUUUUUUCUGGUUAGAAAAGUUAUGUAGAAAAAAGUAAAUGUGAUUUACGCUCAUUGUAGAAAAGCUAUAAAAUGAAUACAAUUAAAGCUGUUAUUUAAUUAGCCAGUGAAAAACUAUUAACAACUUGUCUAUUACCUGUUAGUAUUAUUGUUGCAUUAAAAAUGCAUAUACUUUAAUAAAUGUACAUUGUAUUGUA